UCCGCUGUGGAACUGUUUCUUUUCACCUGCAACGCGGUAUCAUGGCGGUAGGCAAGAAUAAAGGACUUUCGAAAGGAGGCAAAAAGGGAGUGAAGAAGAAGAUUGUCGAUCCCUUCACUCGCAAAGACUGGUACGAUGUUAAAGCACCGUCUAUGUUUGCCAAUCGGCAGGUUGGGAAAACUCUGGUCAAUAGGACUCAAGGAACAAAGAUCGCUUCUGAGGGAUUAAAGUUCAGAGUGUUUGAGGUGUCUCUGGCUGACUUGCAAAGCGAUCAGGAUGCAGAGAGAUCGUUCCGGAAAUUUAGACUGAUUGCCGAAGAUGUCCAAGGCCGAAAUGUAUUGACCAACUUCCAUGGAAUGGAUUUAACAACAGAUAAACUUCGUUCUAUGGUGAAAAAGUGGCAAACACUCAUCGAAGCUAAUGUCGAUGUGAAAACUACAGAUGGUUAUUUGCUCAGAGUGUUUUGCAUUGGUUUUACGAAUAAGGAUCAGCUGAGUACAAGAAAGACGUGUUAUGCCCAACAUGCGCAGGUCAAGAAAAUCAGAGCAAAGAUGGUUGAAACAAUUCAAGAUGAUGUUACGAAAACCGACUUGAAAGGUGUGGUUAGCAAAUUGCUUCCAGAUGCCACGGCUAAAGACAUCGAGAAGGCAUCACAGGGCAUUUAUCCUCUCCACGACGUUUACAUUCGAAAGGUAAAAGUAUUGAAGAAGCCACGCUUUGAGCUCAGCAAAUUGUUAGAGCUGCACGGUGAUGGAGGUGGUAAUAAGAGCGAGGAAACUGGUGAAAGUGGAUCAAAGGUCGACAGGCCGGAGGGUUACGAACCACCAGUACAAGAAUCCGUAUAAAGAUGAUCGUAUGAUCUUUCGUAAAAUAAAAAUCAUAUUUGAUUCUUUAAA